GCGGCAGGCGCGGGCGCGGGAUUUGCGUGCGCGGCCCCGAGCUCCAGAGCGGGCUCGAGACCGAGCCCUUUCCCCGGAAGUGGUGGCGCAGGGGCCGGUGGGAGGCCCGGCUGUAGCCGCGCGGUGAUAGUGGUGGAUAAUGGCGGAGGCAGCGGCAUCCAUGGGGACGGUGGCAGCGGCAGCAGGAGGAGGCAGCGGCGGCGGUGUUGUUGGCUGGACUAAACAGGUCACUUGCAGGUACUUCAUGCAUGGCGUUUGCAAAGAAGGAAACAACUGCCGCUAUUCUCAUGAUCUUACAACCAGCAAGCCUUCACUGAUUUGCAAAUACUUCCAGAAAGGAUGCUGCACCUAUGGAGACCGCUGCAGGUAUGACCACGUGAAGCCGUCAAACCAAGGAUUGUCGGAGGUUCAGAGUGGUCCUACGCCAUUGAUCCCGAAGGAUUCUGCCACCGCAUCAGCUACUAAACUUACUCCACUUACCAAAUUAAAUGGUGAAAUGAGCACAAAAACAGUGAUUGAGGAAUCCAACCCUGCAACAACAAGCUCAAACCUGGAGGACUGGGUUAAUGCAGCAGAGUUUAUACCUGGACAGCCAUACUGUGGACGAACUGUACCAAUUUGCCAUGAAACAAGAAUGGAAGAUUUAUUAAUAGAAGAAAGUUUUGAGGCCCCACAAACUGGUGAAGAUGUGAAGAAGCAGAUGUGCCCAUAUGCUGCCUUAGGAGAAUGUCGAUAUGGUGUUAACUGUGUGUACCUCCAUGGAGAUGUGUGUGAUAUGUGUGGCUUGCAGGUUCUUCAUCCAACCGAUGCCUCUCAGAGAUCAGACCACAUUAAGGCUUGCAUUGAGGCUCAUGAAAAAGACAUGGAGCUAUCUUUCGCCAUUCAACGUAGUAAGGAUAUCAUAUGUGGCAUCUGCAUGGAAGUAAUAUAUGAGAAAACAAAUGCAAGUGAACGACGUUUUGGAAUCCUGUCCAAUUGCAGUCAUACCUACUGUCUCAAUUGCAUUCGAAAGUGGAGGAGUGCCAAGCAGUUUGAGAACAAGAUUGUAAAAUCAUGUCCUGAGUGUCGAAUUACAUCAAAUUUUGUCAUUCCAAGUGAAUACUGGGUAGAAGACAAGGAAGAAAAACAGAAACUCAUCAAGAAGUACAAAGAGGCAAUGAGCAACAAGGCAUGUCGAUACUUUGAUCAGGGACGUGGCACUUGUCCCUUUGGGGGGAACUGUUUCUACAAACAUGCAUACCCUGAUGGCCGUCUGGAAGAAUUGCAACCACAGAGGAAGCCAAUUGGAUCAAUGGGUAGAUAUCGAAACCAACGGAGGACACAUUUUUGGGAUUUCAUUGAAGAGAGAGAAAAUGCUGAUUCCUAUGAAGAUGAUGAAAUGGUCACCUUUGAGCUCGGUGAAGUUCUGCUUAUGCUUUUGGCAGAUGGCCAUGAUGAUGACUUCUCAGAUUCUGAUGAUGAGUGGGACUUGUUCCAUGAUGAAAUGGAUGUUGAUUAUUAUGAGUUUGACCUAUAGCACCCAUUGUGGAUUUUGGACUGUCUUGUUCAUUGUUUUUUAGACAGUAGCUUUUCCUGUGUUGUGGCAGUGCCAUAUGUCUUAGGCAGGCCAGGCAUUCUGGGUGCAGUUUCACUUUGGACGUUUGUGCAGAGUUCUUGUCGGUAGUGCAUCAAAAAAGAAACUUGUUCCUUACUAAAUAUAAGUUAAAUUAACUUGCUUUACUAAAGGUGAUAACCUGGAGGAUAAAUAUAGCAAUUGGCUUUAUUUAUUCAUGUGGAAUAAGAGUUGAGUUUAAGUACUUGACUUAAGAGAGGUGUCUGUCCUUGGUGGUUAUGAAAGCGAUAUGACCACUUAAUGCACAAAAGCCUGAAACCAACAAGGGACCACACACCUUAACUCAUUUUAUAGCUUGUGUUAUUCCUAUACAAUGCCCUCUCCACAUAACUAUGUUUGUUUUAAAGAGGAUGUCGUGCAGUCAGUGGCCUUUUUAAAAGUCAAAGUAUAAAAUAAUUAUGAUUAACAACCAUGGUUUUUUGCCUGUCUUUCUAUUUUUUUUAAUUUUAUAUAGUAAUCUGGUAGAGCUCAGGAGAACUUGGCUUAGAGGAGUGACUUGAGUCCAGCGUAUGAGGGAGCUGAAUUACUCAUACACUGUUGAGAUGAUCAGACUACUGUGUGUUAGGAAUUAUUUGUUCCCUAAUGCUGUAUGACUCAGCAACUCCCAACCAAUUCUCAUCAAAUACAUCAUCCGCGCUCAGUUUAUACAAAAAUAUUUUUAAGAUAAACUCAAAUAGAUCAGAAAGAAAAGGAUGUUAAUCAGAAUUAUUUUCAGUUGUUCAAUUUUGAAAAGGAAUCCUACUGCUAAGAUUCCCUCUUUAAGUAUGUACCCUGUUUGGAAAAGACUGUUUACUAUGGUGAAGUGUAUUGAUGGCAUUAAUGAAAGCAAAACAACACGAUAUAGCACUAUCAGAUUCCAUAAGAAAUGUGAGGUUAACUGUUCCAUGUAUUACAGUUUUUUUUUUAUUUAUUAACAAUUGGCUGUUCUGACUGACAUUUCCUAGUUAGUUAGCUUAUUUAAAUCCUUCAUCUAAUCUAGAUAAAAAUAAUGACACAAAAUUAUGGGAAUUACCAAAGUCUUGUUAUUUAUCCCUUUUUCAUAUAAGUCUCAUUUUAUAUCUUGUAACAAGUUUAUCUGACUGAUUUCAGUUCAGAUUUCAUUUGGAUUCUUAACAUUAAAAUAGGGUCGUCUUGUAAUACUGACUCAAUCUGAUGUUUGGGAACGGCCAGGGUGAAUCUUUUGUAAAGUAGCAAAUUCAUCAACUGCAGGUUAUAAAUGUGUAAAUUUACAGAUUAAGGCAGAUUAAAUGCCACCAUUCUCUCCUUUACAAAUGCUCACCUGUUAACUAAUUAAGAUGCAUUAGUUGAAUAUGCUGUGAGUCAUAAAUGAAUGAGAUUCAGUCAAACGUACCAAUUUCUGCCAUCUUGUAUUAUAAUAAUUAAACUCCACAUUCUCAGUCUCUGGCUUCAUGGGUAUUUGCGCAAUAUGAACCCAAUGCAGACUGAAAACUAGGAUACAUGUUCCUAUUCUCCUUCACAGGACAUUAGGAUUCAGUGAAUAUUUUUAAUGGAAGCAUGAGAAUCUGAGUAAUUGUGGCAUGACAUGGAUACGUGACAAUGCAUAUUAGCCCUGUUUUCCUCUUUGUGGAACUGCACGUGAGAGCUGAAUUUGAGAAGAGGUUUGCUGUUGUGAGCCUGAUGAUCUUGGCAAUGUAAGUGGGAGGGAAUGUAUAUUCUCAAAGUUUGAGACCAGUUACUUCUGGAAAUGUAGCUGAAAGAAAUACCCUUUAAACUGUCAUAUUACAAGUAUAAAACAGCAUUUUUCUAAAUAAAUACCUUUUGCUCUAAA